AUGCGCUCACCUGCGCCCCCGGCGGCACCCCGCGGGAGCUUCCGGAUCGCGCGCAUGAACUGCCGCGGUGGGGCCGAGGCGGCCGGGUACGGCGAAGAGGGCGAGGACGCGGAGGACGAGGAAGAGGAGCGGGAGGGCGGCGCUGCGGGCUCGCCGGGGCCCAGACUGCCCCCGAUCGCGGCCGGCGCCCCGGAGCUGACCAAGCGGAAGGUGAAGAAGAAAAAGAAGAAGAAGACCAAGGGGUCGGGCAAGGGGGACGAUAAACAUCAGAGUCGGAGCCUGAAAAGCCAACAGCUUUCUUCAUCCUCUCAUGACAUCUUAAAUCCCAGCAAAGACCACGGCCCACGUCCGGAGCGCAGACAGGACAAACAGGAAAACAAGCACAUCCCUCCUUACUCCUCCACCGUCAGUCUUCCCCACUUUGCCGAAAUAGCAGAGAAUCUUUCGAACCAGAUCAAUGAAAGCCUGCGCUGGGAUGGAGUUCUCGCUGACCCCGAGGCAGAGAAAGAGAGGAUUCGCAUCUAUAAAGUGAACCGGAGAAAGCGGUACCGGAUUUUGGCCCUCAAGGGCUUCAACUCUGAGCCCUGUGCCGAGGAGACCCCUGAGAACUUAUCCUGCCUCCCAGACAAAGGCAGCAGCUCCCACAGCAGGCAGCCCGCAUUGAAAGGCAACCGCCCUGAUCACUACUUUGAAGACAACCUUACCCCAAAGCUCCUACACUCUGAUUUCGUUACUACUCCGCCAGACUCCCUGGCAGUCCAGGCCGUCGAUGUGCAGGAUGCUGGGGGGUGUCCUCUGGGAUGCAUUGUGUCCUUUGCCUCCGGGGACCAGGACCCACCCUGCUUGGAACCUGGAAUCGAGGGCAGUGGGAGCUCCGGGGCUCUGACAUCCUUCGCUGGAGCAUCCCUGAGCCCAGGUGGCGGCGGCAGCACUCGGGAGGAGGAAAG